AAAAAGAAGUUCCUGAGAUGGUUAUUUUGCACGACGAGGAAUAUUAUCGGAGUAGAAUACCUGAACCGGAUUUAGGAGCGUUUCGAAAUUUCUUGCGAUUUGUUUGGAAUCCAGAGAGGAGACAAAUUCUAGGCAGAACUGGGAAAGAAUGGGCGUUACUGGGAUUCUUCUAUCUGUGCUUCUUCAGCAUAUUAGGUUCUCUCUUUGCAUUACAAAUGUGGAUUAGUAUUGAUUACGCCUCGAAAUUGGAUAGGCCAUUUUUCCUUUAUGCCGGCUUGAUGCCUAGAUCUUAUUUUGGCAGCAACUUUCCGCUUUUUCGCCAAUUAAAUUUCGGUAGUCCAGGAAUUGGCUUUAAACCGAAUAUCUUGCUGCCCACGACAUCUCCUAUUAUCUGGGUGAAUAAUUCGAGCUCAAACGCACGACCAAAAAGAUAUAUUGAGGCUUUGAACGAUUUUUUGCAAGAAUAUAAUAAGAGUAAAGAAAAUUACAAAACGGCUGUCGAAUGCAAUGACGCAGCGCCGAACGUGUCCGAUAUGAAACCUUGUUUUUUUGAUAUUGAGAGCCUUGGCGUUUGCGGAAAACCUCCGUAUGGAUAUACGAAUCCAUUGCAACCGUGUGUACUUAUUAAGUUUAAUAAGAGAUUUGAUUGGAUACCAAUUUAUUAUAAUAAAUCCUACCAAUUACCGGAAGAUAUGCCAAGUGUUUUACAAGAUGCUGUGCGAUCUUCAAACAAGUAUCAGAUCUGGUUAUGGUGCGACGGAGCGAAUAACGUUGAUAAAGAGCAUGUUGGAGAAAUUAAUUAUUUACCGGGUCCUGGUUUUCCCGUGCAAUAUUUCCCUUUUGUGGGACAACCGGAUUAUUUGGCACCGAUGGUCGCGCUACAAUUUACAAAUAUUACACCAUUCAGAUUGGUGACGGUAGAAUGCAGUUUAUGGGCGCUCAACAUAAAGAAAGAAGCACAGAGUGCAUUGGAUUUCCAGAUAAUUCUGGGGGAGUCGUAGAAGAUGGUGAGUCGAGGAAUAUAUUCGCGUAUCUCAAAUAUUUAUUAACAAAUUUGCAGACGUAAUAAGAAGGUAGAUAGGACGAGCGUUUUAAUUUGUGCAGAGUAAAAAAUAAAUGGUCUUUGUUCAAAGUUUCUUACAAUUAGUAUAUAUAUAUAUAUAUAUUAUUCGUUCAGUUAUAAAUAUUCUCGCCACCAAUGAUUCCUUUAUUAUAUACCGUGUUACAUUAAUAAUACAUUCAAUGUAUUUUUCUGAUAUCGUUUCGUAUGUAGAACGUAACAUCUAAGGUAUAUUUAUAAUAAAAAAAUGGGGAGCAGCGAUUAUAUAUGACAAUGUAUUUCUAUACUUGAGUGAAUCAACACGAGAUUUAAUGUUUGUGUCUUACGAAUUGUCUCUGAGACUCUCUAAGCCAAUUCUGUCGACAGAAUAGCAGAUCGAAAUUAGAGAAUUUUGUAGAACUUUAUUUAUAUAUUUUUAUUAUGUGAACGAUAAAAUGGCAUGAUGAAGCUUCGUUUAUCGACAGACAUAUGCUUGUACCCAGAAGAAAUGUGUCAAAAUCGACUGUAUAUCUUGUUAUUUCUUCUAAAAUUAGCAGCGUUCACAAGACCAAGAAGGGAAAGAUGAAGAAAGA